AUUCGGAGAGACGGAGGAAGAAGCGGGAAAGGGGCAAAGAAGGCGUCAGGGCACACAGGAAAUGGAACUCAGUGGGUUCCCAGAGGUUAGGGGAACCCGGAUGCCUAUUCGGUCUCAGCCUUCCAGGUCGUCCGUGUUUUUCCCCUGGGGCUUCAAAGAGAAGAAGGAGGAGGCAGCCACGGGGAGAAGGCGCUGGGGCGGGUGGGUCAGUCAGGACCCUUCUCACCUUCCUGAGGCAUCAUCCCUCACCCGCCUUCCCGGGAUGCAGCAAGAGGUGGAGACCCUAUGUUCUUCCACCGCGGGCAACCCCAGCGUGCACAGGGAGGCAGGAGCCCUCCCUCUGGACAUUGAGACCCUAGAGGAGACGCAGACUCCGAGCCUGGGCAGGCCCGUCAAGUCCUCGAAGCAGUACCUGCGUCAGGUCAUUGCGGAAUAUGAGGCGCUGGACCGAGAGCUACCGUGCAUCCGGAAGUUCCCCAUGCCACCCGCUGCCCAGCCUCUGUGUCUGUGCAUGGAGACCUUACCAGAGGAGGACCUUACCCAUCUGGAGGUGCUGGAGGCUCUGGAGGCCGAGUUACCCGGAGCCAUGGAGAGCGGGCGCGUGACCAGUAUCCGUUUUGAAAAUAUGAACGUCAUCUGUGGGACUGCGGGGCGCCGGGACAGGUGGCUCAUCACGGUCACGGACUUCCAGACUCGUUCGCGUCUGCUGCGCUGCGGCCUCCGCCUGCGCGGGUUCGAGCACCCGCUGGUGCGCCACGACGAGCUGCUGCUGGCCGACUACCGCCUGCACCUGCGCCGCUCCCUCGUCCGACGGCGCAUGCUCGAGGCGCUGGGGGCGGAGCCGACCGAGGAAGACUAAGGCUCGGGGCGCGGGCCCUGGCUGCGCUGGCACACCGCCCGGUCGGCCCGGGCUACCCACCCGGAGCCCCCGAGGGAAGGGGGCGUUGCCUCCCCAGGAAGGAGGCGGGGCCGGCUCGAGGGGGUGGAUACUGUGAGUUUAAUUAUAAAGAAUGACCUGGUACAAAA